AGUCUCUCCCUUCUCUAGAAAACGAAAGUAUUUUCUGAAAUGUCGCCAUUAGUUGGGCGGAUGGGAGAUACGCGCGUUUAAAAUAUUUCACGGGAGCAGAGAGCAGCAUCUCCAGUGUCCAGCUGUGUGUGUGUGAAGAGGAACAACUCCAUGAUGGAGCCUCAUAACUCCAGCAGUGGAACAGGAACCUCUGACCCAAAGUGGGGGAGCCAGAGAGCAGAAUAUCCAGCUCCCAGCUGUGUGUCUCUGAAGAGUAACAACUCCAUGAUUAUUCUGCCUGAAUUCAGUGGUGGAUCAGCUGUGACUGACCCCAGGUGGGGGAGCCAGAGAGCAGAAUAUCCAACUCCCAGCUGCGUGUCUCUGAAGAGUAACAACUCCAUGAUUAUUCCGCCUGAAUUCAGGGGUGGAUCAGCUGUGACUGACCCCAGGUGGGGGAGCCAGAGAGCAGAAUAUUCAGCUCCCAGCUGUGUGUCUCUGAAGAGUAACAACUCCAUGAUUAUUCCGCCUGAAUUCAGUGGUGGAUCAGCUGUGACUGACCCCAGGUGGGGGAGCCAGAGAGCAGAAUAUCCAGCUCCCAGCUGUGUGUCUCUGAAGAGUAACAACUCCAUGAUUAUUCUGCCUGAAUUCAGUGGUGGAUCAGCUGUGACUGACCCCAGGUGGGGGAGCCAGAGAGCAGAAUAUUCAGCUCCCAGCUGUGUGUCUCUGAAGAGUAACAACUCCAUGAUUAUUCCGCCUGAAUUCAGUGGUGGAUCAGCUGUGACUGACCCCAGGUGGGGGAGCCAGAGAGCAGAAUAUCCAGCUCCCAGCUGUGUGUCUCUGAAGAGUAACAACUCCAUGAUUAUUCCGCCUGAAUUCAGUGGUGGAUCAGCUGUGACUGACCCCAGGGGGAGGGGUGAUCUCCUCCAGGUGUCCAGGUGUGGAGUGUGUGAGCAGGUUCUGACAGACCCAGUCUCCAUCACCUGUGGACACAGGUUCUGCAGACAGUGUAUCAGCAGCUACUGGGACCCGUCUGCUCCAUCACGAGACUUUUCCUGUCCCCAGUGCAGAAAGAGAUUCAGAACCCGACCUGUUCUACACCCACACAAAGACAUGGAAGUGUCCAUACAGCAGGAAUCUCCCACACCAGUGGAUGACGUCCUACACAGAGUCUUACACACACACAAAACCAGCAUGAAGAACAAGUAUGAGAGUUUAUUUGAGGGAACCAAAUCACAAGAGAAUAAAACCCUCCUGAAUAGGGUUUACACACAACUCUACAUCAUAGAGGGAGAGAGUGAAGGAGUGAAUGAAGAACAUGAGGUUUUACAGAUGGAGAAAACAUCCAGGAAACGGCUGGUACAAGACACUCCAAUCAACUGCUCAGACAUCUUUAAACCUGUACAAGGUCCUGAAGGAGAAAUGGCUAAAGGUGUCAGCCACACAGAAACAAAAGAAGAUAAAGGCCCAGAAGUGCCAGAGCUCAAAACUGUUCUGACUAAAGGCAUUGCAGGCAUUGGGAAAACUGUCUCAGUGCAGAAGUUUAUUCUGGACUGGGCCGAGGGAAAAGCCAAUCAGGAUGUAGAUUUCAUGUUUGUGCUUCCAUUCCGUGAGUUGAACCUCGUUAAAGAUGACCAGUACAGUCUGCAUAGACUCCUGUGUGACUUCCACCCUGAGAUAAAAGACCUGGACCCAAAGAUAUAUGAUGUGUGCAAAUUUGUGUUCAUCUUUGAUGGCCUGGAUGAAAGCAGAAUUCAAUUGAACUUUUCCCAGUGUCAUAAAGUAUCUGAAAUAAGCAUGACAUCAUCAGUGGGUGUGUUGACGUCAAACCUCAUCAAAGGAGAGCUGCUUCCCUCUGCUCUCAUCUGGAUAACCUCCCGACCAGCAGCAGCCAAUCAAAUCCCUCCUCGGUACAUCAACCGUGUGACAGAAAUUCAGGGAUUCACGGACCCACAGAAGGAGGAGUACUUCAGGAAGAGAAUCAGUGACCAAGACCAAGCUGAGAAAAUCAUCUCACACAUAAAGACAGCAAAGAGCCUCCACAUCAUGUGUCACAUACCAGUCUUCUGUUGGAUCUCAGCCACUGUGCUUCAGGAAAUACUAAAACAAACUGAUACAGAAAUCCCUAAAACUCUGACUGAGAUGUACAUACAGUUCUUGCACACUCAGAUCAACAUGAAGAAUGAGAAGUAUGAGGGGAAAAAAGAAAGCGAUCAAAAGAAAUAUCUGGAAUCCAACAGGUCCAUGAUUCUGAAACUGGCUGAACUGGCUUUCAAACAUCUGAUGGAGGGAAACGUGAUGUUCUAUGAAGAAGAUCUGAGAGAGUGUGGCAUUGAUGUCACUGAGGCCUCCGUGUACUCUGGGAUCUGCACUGAGAUCUUUAGGGAGGAAUCUGUGCUUUACCAGAGGAAGGUCUACUGCUUUGUACAUCUGAGCUUUCAGGAGUUCUUCGCUGCUCUCUAUGUGUUUCACUGCUAUGUGGAAAAGAACAUGGAGGUACUGAAGAUCUUUCUGCGUGGAAGGAACAAAUCUUUUCCUGAAGUUUCCUUGGAUGUUUUUCUGAAAAGUGCAGUGAAUAAAGCCUUGAAGAGCCCAAAAGGAGAGCUGGAUCUCUUCCUCCGAUUCCUUCAUGGCAUUUCCCUGGAAUCCAAUCAGAAACUCCUACACGGCCUACUGACACCCACUCAGAGCAGCCCGGAGAGUGUCAAGAAAAUAAUACAAAACCUCAGAAAGAGUCAGAGACAGAAUGUGAGCCCUGAGAGAUACAUCAAUCUCAUUCACUGCUUGAUUGAAAUGAAGGACACCUCUCUACAUGAAAACAUCCAGAAAUUCCUCAAGGAAGAGUCUUCUAGAAAGCUCACCCUGGCUCAGUGCUCAGCACUGGCCUUCCAGCUGCAGAUGUCAGAGGAGGUGCUGGAUGAACUGAGCUUGAAGAAAUACAAAACAACUCUAAAUGGGUAUUGGAGACUCCUCCCAGCUGUGAGCAACUGUAGACGGGCUCUGUGA